CGAAGGAUCAUUUCUUCCCAGUCAUGGCGGUCUUCCUUCUGUUCUCCUUGGCUGUCUUUUCAGAGGCCAUAGUCAUGGACCAGAAGGUCAAGGAAAGCUUUGUGAUGGACACGGCUUCUGCCAUCUGCAACUACAACACCCACUAUAAGGACCACCCCAAAUACUGGUGCCGGGGCUACUUCCGGAACUACUGCAACAUCAUCGCCUUCACGCCCACCAGCACGGAGCGCGUGGCCCUGAGGGACACGGGAAGCCAACUCAUCAUCACCGUGUCCUGCCUGACCAAGGAGGACACGGGGUGGUACUGGUGCGGCAUCCAGCGGGAUUUUGCCCGGGAUGAGAUGGACUUCACCGAGCUGAUUGUGAGCGACAACAGGACCGCCCUCACCAUCCUUUCCGCUUCAGGCUUGUCCGGCAACCAGAACCGAAGCUGCAGGGCCUCCCAGGUCGUGCACAAGGCAGAUCGCUCCAGGAUGUCCAUUCUUAUCAUCUGCAUACUGAUCACCGGUUUGGGGAUCAUCUCUAUCAUCAGUCAUCUGUCCAAAAGGAGGCGAAGACAAAGGAGUAGGAGGGUGACAGGUAAAGGACAAGUUAGAAGCUCGAAAAACAGCCAAAUUUCUCCCGUGAUCCCGACACCCUUGGCGCAGGCCCUGAACCGGAAGGCUGAUGUGGCUUGCAGCUUCAGGGCUGGCGGAACCGUAGUCAGCGCAGCGUUCGGGAAGAGCUGGGAGCUGUGUGCGCUACCUACAGCCAGCCCAGAGAAGACAUUCCCGGGGCUCUGCCGCCCUCUUUUCUCUCCCACUUCCCAGCAGUCUGAGCCCCCUCAGGACAAUGCUCCCCAGUGGCUCCUCGGGCAGGCUAAACCCGAGAAGUGGCAGCAGGAGGGGAUGAGACUUGCUGUGGUCCAGCCGAAUCGGGCUGGAGCCCAGUGCUUUGAAGCCCGCUUAUCUGCAGCUAUGGUAUAA